AUGGCAAAUUCGAGCCGCGUCAUCUGUUACGCAACGAGUUACGGCAAGGCCGUACCGCUCUUUGAUCCGCACAUCGCCGCCGGAUCUGCCGACCACCAUGGCAUGCCCAAGGUUGAUGGCGACGGCCGAGGCUCGUGGAUGCGCCUGGCCAUGGGCUACACGGUGAGCCCCGAGGCCGUCCCUCUCUUGCGCCGAUUGCCGUCGGUUGAACCCGACGCCGAAUUGCCUGCCGCUACCGUUGCUUCCGCUGCCCCGCCCGCGCACCCUGCCGCGACCGGUCGACGCACCACGACCGACAGUCGCGCUUUGGUCUCGGGCCGGCCCAACAAGCGCCUCCGCGCGCGCCCCGACGAGGAACCGAUCGACGCCGACCGCCAGACCAUCACGCUCAAACAAGCCGUGGGCCAGUUCAUCCGCCAAUGCACGGUCAGCGCUUAUGACAGAGAGGAGAACGAGCACGACCUGGGCGUGCCCGUCGGCGUGCUCCUACGCGCCUUUGCCAACUACCUGACCGCCGCGCAGCUCGCGCUAUCUGGCGCGCCUUUGGAUCUCGGCCCCGAUGAUGGCGAGUGUCGUUACGAUGCCGAGCGAGACGCGCGGUUCGUGUCGGCGGUCCUCUCGGCCCUGACCGAGCGUGGGACCAAGGCCAGGCUCGAUGAUGGUCCGUGGCGCAGCAAGGACCCCCAAUGGCGCUACCCGCAGCACUGUGGCGAACCGACCGCCGUGUUUGAAGGAUGGAUCGUCGGGUGCGAUCUGCUGCAUCGGUACAACCCGCUGGUGCCCGCCGACCCGUAUGCGUCCCACAGGCUCUACGCGCAGAUCACCUGCUUUGAGCUGGACCACGCGAGCUCGGCCAUCCACUACGUACCGCUAGAGUACAUCACGCCCGCGCAGUUGGCGCUUCUCAAGCAAGCGCACGGCUUCUGCACGCCCGAGGACCAGCACGAGUGUCCCGCCGUCGAUACCGUCUACGAGUGGCUCAACGCGGUCGACAGUUCCGGGCUGGUUCGGUACGCCGAGAGGCCGGGCACCGUGUCUUGCGAGCCGCGCAACGUCGUACCCUUUACGAUACUCGGCCCCACCUACUGA